AUGCCUUCCUCACUCAGUAACACGCUCGCCCAGCUCUCCAAUCCAUCGCCCUCGAACGGGUCGACAGGUAAGCGCAGCGCGCAACUCGAUCCUGCCACUUCAUACCACUCUGCUUCCGACGACGAGUCUGAUGCAAGCGACGAUGAAGAUAUAGAAGAUGAUGGUCUAGAUGUCGGCAAGUCAAAGCGGACAGACAAGUCUCACUAUGUCGAUGUGGGCCCCUCUUCGAGGCGGAGGACCCAGAUGGACGAGAGCGGAAUGCUCUCUGGGAGCAAGUAUGCGGGCAGGACUGUCAGCGCCAGCCAGGCAUUUGAUGAUGCCAGCGGCAGCGAGGACGAAGGCGGCGAUGAUGCAGAAGAAGCCAGCGGGAUUUCAGGAUCAGCGUCGGAUGAAGACCUUGACAGCGAUGAGUCGGACGAAGCUGUGGGAGCUGCUAUUCCUGAAGGAAGCAGCGCUCACAAAUCAGCGGCAAUACCACCUGCGUCUUCUUCCGCGGCACCUUUACGAGUUAGGUUCGCCAAGGAUACUCAAUACAAGAGCAGCGAGGCUGACAGGGGCGAAGGUGGCAAUACGCUUGCAGCCGCAGCACAAGCAGACUCCGAGCUAAUGUCUCGCUUACAAGCUCAGACUGCGGACGAUGCACAGAGAGGCAGAGCUGUCAAAGAGCAGUACAGGCAGUGGGAAGCAGCGUUGAGGGCGCGCAUCCAGUUUCAGAGCUUCUUGAAGGAAUCUGUGGCACUCUGCAGGGAUGUGAGUGCAGCUUCAUUGCGCCUUUUCUGUACGCCCCGGCACUGACAUUCCAGCACCCUCUCAUAUAGGUCAAUGCACUCUCACAAAUCCAAACGGACCCAGAAUGCGCUGCAUCGUACAAAUCUUUACAGUCAGAUCUGGCCCAGCUUAACGCGUCGAUCUUCUCCAAGCGUGCUGCGAUCGCCGAAGCUUCGGAUAGCCAAGUCGCUGCAGCGUUCCAUCAAGCAUCAAGCGUGUUAGGAAAGCGUCCGGCAUCAGGAGAAGCUGUGCGAGACGGGGACAUUGACCAGUCCAUCUCUGCGUUCCUAUCGUUGCACCGUGUCACUGCGGAGAAGACCUGUGUGGUUCUGGACGCUUGGAGCACCAGCGGACCCUCUGGGUCCAGCAGGGAAUUAAAAGCAGUGAACAGAGCAGCGGGUGAGCAGGUUCGCUCCUCUUUAGCGCAGCCGGAGAGUAUGAAGAGGCUGCUGAAACGGACAAGGGUGUGGCGAGGAGCAGACCGACUUGGAGAAGAAGGGGUUGCUGCGACUUCCUAUGAGCCCGACGAGAACGUUUUCGACGAUACCGACUUCUACUCUUCGUUGCUGCGAGAGCUGCUCGACAGCAAAGGAGAAGGCGCGUCCGGUUCAGAUGGCCUGAUGGGCCUUACGGUACGUUCCAAAGGGCCCAAACGAGCGGUAGAUACCAGAGCGUCAAAAGGUAGAAGACUCAAGUACGAAGUGCACGACAAGAUUGCCAACUUUAUGCCGCCCAUACCCAACGAGACUUGGACGGACGAGCAGAGGGCCAGAUUGCUGGCUCAGCUCUCUGUUGCCCAUGGCACUUUAUCCGCCCAGCGCGGAGCAAGCAGCGAGGGGCAGAAGUCAAGCAAAGAGCACACCUUGGACCAUGUCGACUUGGCAGGCCUACGAGUCUUUGGAUGA